AUGGUGACAACCUCUCCUGACGAAGAGUCAAUCAGGCCCAAAAAUGCAUCGGGUGACAGUCGUCUAAGAGUAUCUCGCUUCCAGCGGUCCCUAUCGGUUUCAUCCGCCGCAAUGCCUUCAGCCCAUUCAGGACCAAUGGGUCUCAACCAUAGCCCGGUAUUUCCUCAGUCGCUAGAUAUAAUACGGAAUAAUCUAGAUCCAGCACCACCGUUGGUUCAUCAUGGCUCGCACCGGCCUUCGCGGUCGAUUGAUGGCGAUGCCUUACCUCCGCGCUCGGAAUCGAUCGCAUCUACUGCGGCCACAGUGGUCCGCUCCACGGGUUACUCAGAUGUGUAUUCGGAUCCCACUGUCAAAUUAGAUUAUGACGACGUGUCGCUGUCAGAGGCACUGGCACCAAAUCCUCGCGAUGAGGCUGCUGAUUUCGAUGUUGACGAAAAUCGGUUCGCCUUCUCGCCAGGACAGCUGAACAAAAUGCAGAAUCCAAAGUCCCUCGCAGCAUUCUAUGCCCUCGGUGGCUUGCAAGGGUUAGAGAAAGGCCUCCGAACGGACCUAAUGGCCGGUCUAUCCGUCGAUGAGGGUCGGCUGGAAGGUUUUGUCGAUUUUCAGCAGCUGACGUUCCCCCCGCACGACAAGUCGCUCUAUAUCUCUAAACCGCAGCUGGAAGCCAAUCCGGCUCCGGCAGUAACUUCAACAACCAGCGGUUCUUCAAAAUUCGAGGACCGCAUCCGGGUUUACGCCGAGAACAAGCUACCGGCUCGAAAGUCAGCUGGGUUCUUCAAGUUGUUUUGGGUCGCCUAUAACGAUAAGAUCAUUAUAUUGCGUGGAGUGGGUGGAGGGGUGGCUAUCUGCGUGGCGAUUCUGAUCGUCACCGUGGUCACCGCAGCUAAUGACUGGCAAAAGGAAAAACAAUUUGCCAAACUCAACAAGCGAAACAAUGACCGCGAGGUCAAAGCUAUCCGAUCAGGCAAGUCAACAUUGAUAUCUGUUUACGAUAUUAUGGUGGGCGACGUGCUCCACCUAGAGCCCGGUGACUCUAUACCCGCUGAUGGGGUCUUGAUCUCGGGACAUGGUGUGAAAUGCGACGAGUCAUCAGUUACUGGCGAGUCAGACCACAUGAAGAAGACGAAUGGCUAUGACGUUUGGCAGCGGAUUAUAGAAGGCCGCGCAAACAAGAAUCUUGACCCGUUUAUGGUCUCCGGCAGCAAGGUUCUCGAAAGCGUGGGCACCUAUCUGGUGACCAGUGUUGGACGGUUUUCCACAUACGGUCGGAUCAUGCUGUCACUGCAGACUUCCAACGAUCCUACACCGCUCCAGGUAAAACUCGGUUAUCUUGCAAAUUGGAUCGGGUAUUUGGGUUCAGCUGCAGCCAUUAUUCUCUUCCUUGUCUUGUUAUUCCAAUUCGUUGCCGAUCUUCCAAAUCAUCCGGAUCAGAGCCCUGCUGUUAAGGGCCAGCAUUUUGUUGAUAUUUUAAUUGUAGCUGUGACUGUCAUUGUUGUCGCGGUUCCAGAGGGCCUUCCACUCGCAGUCACACUUGCUCUGGCCUUUGCUACGACUCGCAUGGUUAAGGAGAAUAACCUGGUUCGCGUUCUACGGGCCUGCGAGACAAUGGGAAAUGCCACGGUAAUAUGCUCUGAUAAGACAGGGACCUUAACACAAAACAAAAUGACAGUCGUCGCCGGCACCUGGGGCUCAAAUCAAAGCUUCAGUCGACCAUCCGAGGGUGAAACUCGGCCUAGCUCGAGGAAUAUCUCAGAGGUUUUCCAGCAAAUGUCGGCUCCGGUGCGGGAUCUUAUUGUUCAGAGUGUUGCCUUGAACUCUACCGCGUUUGAGGAAGGGAUAAACAGCCAAAAAGAGUUCAUUGGGAGCAAGACUGAAGUCGCACUGCUUCAAUUAGCCCAUGAUUAUUUGGGUAUGGAUCUCACCCUAGAACGGGGAUCCGCCGAGAUCGUCCAGCUUAUUCCAUUCGACUCGACGCGGAAAUGCAUGGGUCUCGUUUAUCGCCAUUGCAAUACAGGUUACCGGCUUCUUGUUAAAGGUGCUCCCGAGAUUAUGGUCCGUGCAUGCUCUGCGCAGAUUGCAGAUAUAGCUACUUCCAAGGAAAGACUCCACGCGGAGACGCUGUCAGAGGACGACAGACGGAAAAUCAUUGAGACCAUUGAUAAAUACGCCAGGGAGUCUCUUCGGACGAUUGGAAUGGUGUACAAGGACUAUCUAACCUGGCCUCCGACAGAUGCCAGGAAGUUAGAAGAUGAUCCGUGUUCAGCUGAUUUUGACGAUGUCUUCCGAGACAUGACCUGGGUCGGGGUCGUGGGCAUUCAGGAUCCCCUUCGGCCUGAGGUUCCACCGGCGAUUCGGAAAUGUUAUUCCGCGGGAGUCCAAGUUAAGAUGGUGACUGGGGACAAUAUUGCAACUGCUAUCGCGAUUGCAUCGUCUUGUGGUAUUAAGACUAAAGAUGGGUUAGUCAUGGAAGGCCACGAUUUCCGACACUUAUCAGGUGAAGAGUUAGACCGGGUUAUUCCCCGCCUGCAGGUUCUGGCACGGUCUUCGCCAGAAGACAAGCGUAUCUUGGUAGAACGGCUUAAAAUCCUUGGCGAAACAGUUGCUGUGACAGGCGACGGCACAAAUGACGGGCCUGCUUUGAGAACCGCGGAUGUUGGAUUCUCUAUGGGCAUUGCCGGCACUGAGGUAGCCAAAGAGGCUAGUUCAAUUAUCCUCCUAGACGACAAUUUCCGAUCUAUCGUUACGGCGAUCGCCUGGGGACGGACGGUAAACGACGCCGUUGCGAAGUUCCUCCAGUUUCAAAUCACGGUCAACAUCACGGCCGUUAUUCUGACGUUUGUGUCGUCCAUCUAUAGCGAUUCGAAUAACCCCGUGCUCAAUGCUGUGCAGCUGCUCUGGGUGAACCUUAUAAUGGACACAUUUGCUGCACUAGCCCUAGCCACUGACGGCCCGACAGCAGAAAUUCUGGAUCGAAAACCCGUACCCAAAAGUGCCCCACUCUUCACCAUGAACAUGUGGAAGAUGAUCCUCGGACAAACAGUCUACAAACUCGCUGUGAUCUUCAUGCUGUACUUCGCGGGGGACCAACUUUUGAAUCCACAGCUUGACAGCAGCGACCCAGAUCUUCGAUCCAAACAGCUUUCCACAGUUGUCUUCAACACCUUCGUGUGGAUGCAAGUUUUUAACGAAUUCAACUGCCGCCGCCUCGACAACAAGUUCAAUGUCUUCGAGGGCAUGUUUCGGAACUACUGGUUUUUGGGCAUCAACGCCGUUAUUGUCGGCGGACAAAUAAUGAUUGUAUUCAUUGGCGGCCAGGCAUUUCGCGUGACUCGUCUCAGUGGGAUUUUAUGGGCCGUUUGUCUCAUCUGUGCCGUGGGGUGUAUGCCGUGGGCCAUGAUCCUACGCAUGGUCCCCGACCACCGUUUUGCUCUCUUUUUCAAUGCCGUCGUCGGCAGUAUAUCGCUCGUCAUGUGGCCAUUUGUCAAGGGCCUCCAGGCCUUUAGUAGAGGCAUCAAGGCUUCCUUCCGACCCGUCACCCGAUUCAUCCUCCAGGUUUUCUCUCGGCGAGUCCCAAAACACAAUGGAGAUUUUCCUGUUCAGGGGUCAACGAAUUCUCAGACCAGAGAAAAGGAAGGGCCUGUUUCGAUGAUGCAGUGUCAACAGGAUACUCCUGAAUGUCUUCAGGAGCCAUCGCAAGCCUCGGUGCCUCCAAAUAUAAUCACGACUUCUCCUUAAUCUUCCAUGGUUCUUAUGCGGUCCCAAAAGCGUUUCCUCGGACAUAUUUCUCUUGCUUUGUUGACAGAAUAAAUAAAGGAAAGCUGGCACACUGAGGAUAUUCGUCAGCAGACACGGCAUAGUUUCUCACCAGUCGGGAUGAAUAGAUCAGCGAUAAAGCCUUCAACUGGACAUCGAGUUUUGGGCCUAUUUGGUUUUGAAAUUGCAUGACCGCUGAGUUCUUGCCACACUGAAC